UUCUUCUUUUUCUUGUUCUUUCGUGACAAUGAUGGCGCGCGUGGCAUCAUCGUUGUCGGCAUUGCUUGUCCUGGGACUCGUCCUCGCAGUUUCAGCAGCGCCGCAGUGCAACCCCGGCGGUGUGCGCAACGACUGCGGCUAUGUUGGCAUUACGCAGCAGCAGUGCGAGGCGAAAGGGUGCUGCUGGAGCCCGCUCGACAACAACCCGUGGUGCUUUAACUCUAACCCGCCUCAAUCCAACUACGUCGUCAAGAGCAUUGCGCAGACAAGCGUCGGAUAUGACAUUACACUCACGCUGGUGAGCGCUCCAGCAACGUUCGGCCCGGACGUGGUCAACCCGAAGGUGUCGGUGUCGUACGACACGGCAGACCAGCUGCGUGUGCGCAUUGUCGACUCGGACGACAGCUCGCGCUGGGAGGUUCCGACGUGGCUCUCGCCCCUGCCCCCGCCGCCGACCAAGCCAGCGGCCAACCCCAACUAUGUCUUCUCGACGGCCCCGAUUGGCCAGCCGUUCUGGUUUGCCGUCUCGCGUGCGUCGGACGGCAAGCCCCUCUUCAACACGUCGUCGACCGACGCCACCCCGUUCAACAACAUGGUGUUUGAGGACCAGUACCUCGAAAUCUCCACCCAGCUGCCUUCGACCAACUACAUUUACGGCAUUGGCGAGCACGUGCAGUCGAUGCGCCUGACCCCCGACACGUACACGCUGUGGGCGUACGACACGCCGACCCCCGUGCUGAACAACUUGUACGGCGCUCACCCGUUCUACAUUGAGCAGCGCGCAGACACUGGCAAGGCCCACGGCGUCUUCUUCCGCAACAGCAACGGCCAGGACGUGACGCUCUCUGGCACCUCGCUCACCUUCCGCUCGAUUGGUGGCAUUUUCGACUUUUUCUUCUUCAUGGGCCCCACCCCCGAGGCCAUCGUGCAGCAGUACACCAGCGUCAUCGGUCGCCCCCACAUGCCGCCGUUCUGGGGCCUCGGGUUCCACCAGUGCCGCUACGGCUACAAGUCGCUCAGCGACCUGCAGACGGUUGUCGCCCAGUACAAGGCCAACCAAAUCCCCCUCGACACCAUGUGGACGGACAUUGACUACAUGGACAGCUUCAAGGACUUUACCUGGGAUCCCGUCAACUUCCCGCAGUCGGGCAUGCUGUCGUUUGUCAAUUCGCUCCACGCCAACAAGAUGCAGUAUGUCGUCAUUGUCGACCCCGGCCUCGCCAACCAGCCUGGCUACGCUCCGUACGACCAAGGCGAGAAGCUCAAUCUCUUUGUCAAGACUGGCGACGGCGUCACCGACUUUGUCGGCAAGGUUUGGCCCGGUCUCUCCGUCUUCCCAGACUUUUUCAACCCUUCGACCGCGCAGUUUUGGCAAACCCAAAUCCAGACCUUCCUGGCUGGCGUGCCCGUGGAUGGUCUCUGGAUUGACAUGAACGAGAUUAGCAACUUUUGCAACGGCGAGUGCGACUCGGCCACCUCCACCACUCCCGCCCAAGCCGCCCAGCUGCUCGAGCGUCUCGCCACCUCCCCGCCUGCCGGCCACAUGGCUGGCUUCAACCCGGUCUCCCCACCCUACGCCAUCGACAACCAGCAGCAGCACCAGCCCUUGAACAUCAAGACCCUUGACAUGACCGUUCAGCACUACGGCGGCGUGCUCGAGUACGACGCGCACAACCUGUUUGGCCUGAGCGAGGCCCUUGCGACGGACGCGGCGCUCGAAGUCGUGCGCAAGCAGCGCUCGUUUGUCAUUUCCCGCUCGACCUUCCCCGGCUCGGGUCGCGCGACCGGCCACUGGACGGGCGACAACCACGCCACCUGGGACGACCUGUACUACUCGAUUCCCGGCAUGAUCAACUUCCAGAUGUUUGGCAUUCCCCUGGUUGGCUCGGAUAUCUGCGGCUUUUUGGAUGACACGACGGAGGAGCUCUGCGGUCGCUGGAUGCAGCUUGGCGCCUUCUACCCGUUCUCGCGCAACCACAACACGCUCGGCGCAGCCCCACAGGAGCCUUACACUUGGCCGUCUGUGGCCGCGAUCAGCCGCACCGUGCUGGGCAUCCGCUACUCGCUCCUGUCCUACUACUACUCGCUCUUCUAUCUUGCCCACGUCCAGGGCACCACGGUCAUCCGUCCCUUGUUCUUUGAGUUUGGCAACGACACCACGACGUACACGAUCGACCGCCAGUUCCUUGUCGGCAACGCUUUGCUCGUCACACCCGUUCUGACCCAGGGCGCCUCCACCGUGUCGGGCUACUUCCCCCAGGGCGUGUGGUACGAUUGGUACACGCUGAGCCCUGCUGUCGGCUAUUCCAGCAUUGGCUCGUGGCAGACGUUGAACGCGCCGUUCAACACCAUUCCGCUGCACUUGCGCGGUGGCUCCAUCGUUCCCAUUCAAAAUCCCGCCCUGGUUUCCGCGGAUGCGCACUCCUCGGACUUUACGCUCUUGGUGGCCACCAACUCUACCGGCUCGGCACAGGGCUUCCUGUUCCUCGACGAUGGCACCAACCUGGCCAUGACUUCUUACGUCUCUGUGACGUACUCUGCGGCGUUCGGCGGCGCCGGCGCUUCUGGCCAGCUCACCAACCAAGUGACUGACACCGGCUACGGCAGCGUUGCCACACAGCGUCUCGCCACCGUCAAAGUGCUGGGCGUGACCAGGCAAACCACGGUUGUCUCCCUCAACUCGGCUCUGUACUACAACUUUACCUGGGACGCCCCGACGCAAGUGCUGACCAUUACCAACCUGCAGCUGCCUAUCAGUGCUCCGUUUGUGCUGUACUGGGCUCCAUCGACCAUGACUGAGGCUGCGGAUGCUGAAAAUCAUGAAAAUGGCCAGAGCACCAGUCUCCAAGCACCCGCGAUUGCUGGCAUUGUUGUCGGAUGUCUUGCUGUUGUGGCGCUUGCCAAGGUGAUUGUCCGUCGCCGCAAGUCCGUUGUUGUUGGCGAGUACACCAGCAUCUGAGAUGUUUGUGCUGCAGCGUUUGCGGUUUUUGAUUCGCUUGUGAUUUGUGUUUUUGUUGUUGUUGUUGUUUGUUGAUGAUUGUUUGGUUGUGCUUCAUCAUUGAAUUCCGAUAUGAUGAUUCUCGGU